AAAGUAAUUCUAUUUAUUGUUCAAAGGAAGUCUGUGGAGAAUUACAGCAGUACACACUUGACUGAAGAGCUGCCUUUAUCACAUAACACAGUACAGACAAGAAUGAGGUCAAAACUUAUAUGAAUAGUGAAAUUAGUAAAAAAUCACUAUGGCUCCAAGGUGGUGUGUAUGGCUAAUUCUUGUGGUUACAGAAGGCCUGAAAAUUAAAACGAAAGGGAGUUCACUCCUUUUUCUCUGAUCAAAUUAUAAAUGCAUAAACACCCACUCAAUAUCAGUAAGAGAAGGAUAACAGAGGGAAGUUGCUAACAGGCACACACAUUUGGACAGAUCUGGGAGAAGAGGAGAAAACAGGCUGCAGUAAGACUCAGAAAUGUGACAACUUAAUAUACAGAGGAAGAGACUUGAGAAAAAAAAAAAAGAAUAGUGUUAUAUUGUCAUUUGGGUUGUUGAAAAAAGGAAUACAAACUAAACUGAGAACUAGUCUAGUUUGUAUAUUUCACAAUUUUGUCAUUCUUUUUCUAUGCUCUUUCAACCAUAAAGACUAUAGGAAAUGUAUGGAAAACGAGUAAGAAAUAUUUCCCUAUGUAUAAUUGCAUCCGAGUUUUAUUUGUUUAAAUAGCCUGUUCAGGAAGCGUUUAUAAUUGAUUCUAUAUGUCUAUAUAUAAAUAUAUUUCUGUAUAUAUAUAUAUAUAUAAUUUUUUUUUCUGUAUAUUGUUUUUAAAAAUAAAUCUAUUUAAACCCAGUUGGGUGUUGUUCUGCAUUUGAUUUCCUUUCCAGUUAUGUCACCAAAGCUCUCCAUGUAUUAAAUUCGAAAACUACUAAUUUGUCCCGGCUUGAUGUCAGGCAAACCAGUAUCAUUCCCUUUAAAAGAGCCAAAUCAAACCCAGUAUCAAUGGUAAAUUUAGCGGCAUCAGCACCAAUGCACUUCCCAAUUUAGUACAUACAAUCAAGAGUAAUUUGCUCUCAAGAUGCAGUAGGAAAACAAAAUAAAACUCACCAGCCCGCGUGAACCUCAAUCUUCACAGCGCGCCGGCGGAGCACGGUUUUAUAGCACCAUUUGAACUGUUUGUACAUUGUUGCUUGAACUGUAUUGUGUGUCCACAAGUUGAACUCUAUAACAACCUCCAAUUUUUACACUGUUUGAUCCGAGUCUUUUAUAUAUAUGUAUAUAUACACACACACAAAUUAGUAGAGAACACGUCCUGAAUGAGCUAACUAUGAGAUUCACACAUCAUUCAGAUGAUGCUGGUUUGCUCUCCAUCGUAUGGUACAACACCAAAAACACCUAUAGUAGAGAUAUUCAUCGAAUCUUGAUACACUAACACCAAACGUCCCUGUCGACUCGUUUGUGAACUCAGUAACUAAGUCUCUGGGUGAAAGGGUGUUUUUUUUUCUCUUUGUAAAGGGGAGAACUUUCAAAAUGACAAGACCUAUAGAGCAGCCAGCAGAAAUAUCCAUUUAUCUAGCCAAAUAUCGUCUAUACUGCUUUAAACAGGAUUCUCUUACAUAUACAUGACAUUGUUUCUCAGUCAAACAUCUUUAUUCGCCAUAGAGCAUUAAUGUUCUUCGUUUCAUGCACGGCAGGAGGAAAGGCAGGUAAAGACAGUGGCAAGGCCAAGGCAAAAGCAGUGUCUCGCUCACAAAGGGCUGGACUUCAGUUCCCAGUGGGUCGUAUCCACAGGCACUUGAAGACCCGCACUACAAGCCAUGGUCGUGUGGGAGCAACAGCAGCCGUCUACAGUGCAGCCAUCCUUGAAUAUCUCACAGCUGAAGUUUUGGAGUUGGCAGGAAAUGCUUCAAAAGAUCUGAAGGUGAAGCGUAUUACUCCUCGCCAUCUACAACUGGCCAUUCGUGGAGACGAGGAGUUGGACUCCCUCAUCAAGGCAACCAUUGCUGGUGGUGGUGUGAUUCCUCACAUCCAUAAGUCCCUGAUUGGUAAGAAGGGCCAGCAGAAGACUGCGUAAUUCCCGUUGGGGUCGCUAUGCUGACAUGGACUCAAGGACUUGCGUUUGGGAUGUGUGACCAGAUCGGCUUGUUCAUCCGUUCAUCCAUUCUCUUUUUUUUUUUUUUUAAGUUAAUAUUAAUGUUAUACUAGCUAACCACAAGUGAUUUGUAGAGUUUUGUGUUAAUGUUAUAUCGCCAAAA